UUCCACCUCCUUCCAACGUCCAUAUCCCUUAAACCCUCACAUUCCGGGAAUCGGAAAACCAGAAUCCAUUCGCCUGAAAACCAGAAACUACACUCCAAAACAGCUGUAUGUCAUGCACCUGUUACAUUAACUUUCAUCAGCACCUGCCAACCAAACAAUUUCCUCUACAUUUAUUUUCUUCAAAAAUGACCCUUAGGGUUUUUCAUCCACUUUUACAAAUUCUAGGGUUUUGUUACUAUCACUUCUCAUAGGAGUUUAUAUUUGGUGUUUCUCAUUAACUGCUGUUGUGAGAUGAAAUGUUAGGAAAAAGGGGAAGUGAACUUAGAACCCGUUGCGAACAUCCUCCGAAACACCAUUUUAGGACAUCUUGGGUUCAACCCAUAAAAACGCAUAUUCAUCAUGUUCCACAAAUAGCUUGGACGUGUCCACCUCGGUUUUUGGUGGACCCUAAUUGGAAAAUGGAAGCAGGCUCAGAGAGCCAAGAAAAACAUAUCCAACUCCAUAGAGAAUCAAGAAUUGCUGAAGCAAUCUAUUAUCACAAGUCUGCCAUUCCUCCUAAUCCUUAUGUUGCACCAAACACGCUCGAUUUUAACGAUGGUAGCAGGAUCCCUGUCAUCCCCCUUGACGUCAUUAACGAUGAAACGUCACCUAAUGACCCGUUAAUCCCACCUGGCCCCACAGCAAAACCAGGAGAAAAAACCACACAACCUCUUUUACCAAGAGAUGAAGUGAUCGGAACGGCUAUCGCACUCGUGGCUUUAAUUAAAUCCAAGGAACCCGGAAGUCAAGUUGACCUCGAGUUGCUUAUUCAGCUUCUUUGUAACCCAGGUAUGCUCGAGAACUUGACAAAGGAACACGGACUCGAGACCAAUCAGAGCUCCGUAAUCACCCGUGCUCAACCUCAUGAACAUUCAUCGGUUCCCGUGCCAGCUGUUGGUGGUUACAGCACGUGUUCGCCAUCAGCACCGUUUAGUCGUUCUCUGCCUCGAGACGUAAGAAACAUGAUAGAGCAGAUUCAUAGCAACUCAGAAAGCCAAAACCCGAGUUCCAACAAAAAAGUUGAUGUCGGAAAGCUAAGAAAGCUAAUCAAUGAGUACGGGUUAGGAGAUGAUUCGGUCAAACGCGGACCUGCUGCAGUCAAGGAUGCGGGUUACUACCGGAGACUUAUCUCGCUACAUGGGAUGGCUCAAGAGAAUGAUAAACCUCAAGGAUCUGUGAAACUGACAGGGUCCCGAGAACAGAGACCGUGUGUGUUUUUUAAUGGCCCGAAUGGUUGCAGGAAUGGGUCUGGUUGCCGGUUCCAGCAUGUGAAGGGCGGGGUUGGGGGAGGUGGUCAAGAACAGCACGGUGAGAAACGGAUGAAGUUUUCGGGUGGAAUUUUUGGUAGACAUACAUGAACAUCUAGAUCGGUUUGAUGGAGAGUGUAGUUAAAUUUCUUAGUUCUCGGUUUAAAAUUUGUUUUCGAGAUUUUAUGGUUUUAGCUUUUUUAGUUGAGAUAUAUCUGAAGUCGUCUAUAAAUGCUUUACCGACUCA